UCUGCCGUCUGCCGUCUGCACCGCCGCCUGCCGCGCCGCGCACAAAAAGGAUGCACAUGCCUCGCCACGGCCACACGCUGCUCGCCGCGCUGCUCGCGUCCGCGCUCGCAGCAGCCAGCGCGCAGCCGAGCUACGAUGACAACGGCCAGGUGCACGUCAGCACGGCCAUGAUCGCGCUCCUGGCCGCCGUCAUCGCCGUGUUCGUCUUCAUCGCCUUCUUCACCGUCUACCUCCGCCACUGCACCGGCAGCUACGCGGCCAGGCCGGACGACUACGACCACCGCGCCAUGCCCAACUUCGACGCCUUCAUCUCGCGGUCGCGGAGGCAGCGGCGGCCGCGCGGCCUCGACGCCGACGUGGUCGAGGCCUUCCCCACCAUGAAGUACGCCGAGGCCAAGGCGCUGCGGGUCGGCAAGGGCUGCAGCGCGCUCGAGUGCGCGGUGUGCCUCAGCGAGUUCGAGGACGAGGAGCGCCUCAGGCUCUUGCCCAGGUGCAGCCACGCAUUCCACCCGGACUGCAUCGGCGAGUGGCUCGCCAGCCACGUGACCUGCCCCGUCUGCCGCCGCAACCUCGACCCUUACAAGGAUACCAGCAGCGACGAAGACCCCGCUAGCUUCGUCCCGCCGAUUCCAGUGGCCAGCAGCAUCUCCAGCGAGACUACUGCGGUGUUAGGGCAGGGACGACCGCUACCGGUCGCCGUGGUGAUCGAUGUCAUCACCCAGCAGGAGGAAGAGGCGCGGAGGCAGGAGGCACUGGAGCUGCAGCAGAUAGGGACCCAGCGGCGAGCCAUGCGGCGGUCGCGGUCGGGGCGCAAGCCGGUUCCGACGCAGCUCGCCCGGUCGCACUCUACGGGCCACUCCCUCGCCGUCCGGCUGGACCGCGACCUGGAGCGCUUCACGCUGCGGCUGCCGGAGCACGUGCGUAGGGAGAUGGUCGCCGCCGCGGGCGAGCACAGCCACAGCAUGCAGUUGCGUCGCGGGCGAAGAGCCGGGGAAGGAAGCAGCCGCGGCGGACGAAGCGCCCCGCUCGGCCGGACGCCCAGAUGGCAGUUGCUUCUCGCGAGGACGCUCUCCGGGAAGCUGUCCUUCUUUUCGGCGUCCAGGGUAACGGUAAGCUCCGAACUGGGAGAAGUGUCGUCCUGGUCCUCGAUCACGAGGGCGAGAGGGAACCGCGUGGCCGCCGUUGAAGCCGACGACGUUCCUGCUAAGGGGAUCGGCGGCGGGUCUGGCGCUGCGUCCCGCGAGGUGGCGGCAGCGGCGGACGAGGAGAAGAAGAAGGCAGCUACGCAGCAGGUUCGCACGUAGAAUGGGAACAGCAGAUUUCAACGUAGAAACUUGAAAGUGAUCUUCUUUCACACGCGAAAGAAAUGGGCUUUUGGGGUCUGUGGGCAACAGAUUUCGUGCUUGGAUCAACGUGCCACUCUUGUCCAAAUUUGAUUGAAGUUGAGAACACGAGAUGUACAAAUGCUAUUUAUAAUUUUGCGCGGGAGCAGAAACGUAGUAUGCAGGUAGAGAUUCGUUUGACUUUAAUCCGUAUCGGAUUCUACUGUUUCUACAGCGUUUUAUAUCUAUUAGAUUCUAUUGUUUCUACAGUGUUUACUUUGUAGCCCUGAUCCUUUCUGUUGGUAUGCAUUUUAUACCAAAUUUGUC